UCUCUCUGAAUGAUCAUUAGGACUUGCAUAACUGAAUCUGAUUCCUCUUUUUCUUUCAAUGACCAUAAACGUCAAACAGAAAUUUGGGUGUAUCGGAUUUCGUAGUGGUAAAAAUGACUUUGAAUGCUACAUCUGGAAAUGCUUGCCCGUCACCAAUGAAACCCACAUCAAAUGGUGUAUUUCAGGGAGAUAAUCCUCUUGAUUAUGCACUUCCCCUGGCUAUUUUACAGAUAUGCCUUGUUCUUGUAGUCACAAGGGGACUCGCAUACCUUCUAAGACCUUUAAGGCAACCACGAGUUAUUGCAGAGAUUGUUGGAGGAAUAUUACUUGGGCCAUCAGCACUUGGACGGAAUAAAAGCUAUCUGCAUGCAGUUUUCCCACCAAAGAGUCUUACAGUAUUAGAUACUCUUGCAAACAUUGGCCUUAUAUUCUUUCUCUUCCUAGCAGGCCUAGAGUUAGAUCCUAAAUCUGUGCGUCAGACUGGAAAACAAGCCUUUGGCAUUGCUAUGGCUGGAAUAAGCUUGCCUUUUGCAAUAGGAAUUGGUUCAUCAUUCGUUCUGCAUGAAACAAUUAACAGAGGCGGAGAUAGUACCACAUUUCUUGUAUUUAUGGGUGUUGCUCUGUCGAUAACUGCAUUUCCUGUAUUAGCUCGUAUUUUGGCAGAGUUGAAACUUCUAACCACUAAUGUUGGCAGAAUGGCUAUGUCAGCUGCAGCAGUUAAUGAUAUAGCUGCCUGGAUUCUGCUUGCCCUGGCUGUUGCCUUAUCAGGCAAGAGCCAAUCUCCACUUGUGUCCUUGUGGGUCUUCUUAUCUGGGUGUGGUUUUGUAAUUUGUUCAAUCCUCAUUGUCCCCCCAAUUUUCAAAUGGAUGGCCCAACGAUGCCAUGAAGGGGAGCCGGUUGAGGAGAUAUACAUAUGUGCUACGUUAGCUGUAGUUCUAGCUGCUGGGUUUGCCACAGAUGCUAUUGGAAUCCAUGCUAUGUUUGGCGCUUUUGUUAUUGGAGUUUUGGUCCCAAAAGAUGGUCCAUUUGCCAGUGCUCUUGUGGACAAAGUAGAGGAUCUUGUGUCUGGUCUGUUGCUCCCACUCUAUUUUGUGUCAAGUGGAUUAAAGACCGAUGUAGCCACCAUUCGGGGGCUGCAAUCAUGGGGUCUUCUGGCUUUUGUUAUAUUUACGGCUUCUUUUGGGAAGAUUGUUGGGACUGUUGUAGUGUCUCUUUUCUGUAAAGUACCUUUUAAUGAGGCUUUAAUGUUGGGAUUCUUAAUGAAUAGUAAAGGCUUGGUUGAAUUAAUUGUCCUCAACAUCGGUAAAGAUAGAAAGGUUUUGAAUGAUCAGACCUUUGCCAUUAUGGUUCUUAUGGCUCUCUUUACUACCUUCAUUACCACUCCUCUUGUCAUUGCUGUGUAUAAGCCCGCAAGGAAGACGGCUGAUUACAAAUACAGAACAAUUGAAAGGAAAACUGCAAAUAGCCAACUGAGGAUUCUUGCCUGCUUCCAUGGUGCGAGAAAUAUUCCAUCAAUGAUAAAUUUGAUUGAGGCUUCAAGAGGAAUCCAGAAGCGUGAUGCACUUUGUGUGUAUGCAAUGCACCUUAAAGAACUUUCCGAGAGAUCAUCAUCUAUACUAAUGGUUCAUAAGGCAAGGAAAAAUGGGUUGCCAUUCUGGAAUAAAGGUCAACGUGCAGAUUCUAACCAUGUUAUUGUGGCAUUUGAGGCUUACAGGCAACUAAGCCAAGUUUCUGUCCGGCCAAUGAUAGCAAUUUCAUCCAUGGCUAGCAUACAUGAAGACAUUUGUGCAACUGCUGAGAGAAAGAGAGCUGCUGUCAUUAUUCUUCCAUUUCAUAAGCAUCAAAGGUUGGAUGGUUCACUAGAUAUUACAAGAAAUGAUUUUCGAUCGGUUAACAAAAGGGUACUUGAGUAUGCUCCAUGCUCAGUUGGAAUUCUUGUUGAUCGUGGGCUUGGUGGUACAUCUCAGGUAUCUGCAAGUAAUGUUUCUUAUUGCAUUACAGUCCUUUUCUUUGGUGGUGGUGAUGACCGUGAGGCCCUUGCUUAUGGAGGUCGAAUGGCUGAACAUCCAGGCAUAAGAUUAGUGGUUCUUCGCUUUGUGCUGGAACAUAGGAUUGUAGGAGAGAUAGUUAGAGUUGAUGUGGGAGAGUCCUCCAGCACCAAAAUAAUCUCAGAAGAUGAGGAGUUCCUUGCUGAAUAUAAGCUGAAAAUAGCCAAUGAUGACUCCAUCGUCUAUGAAGAGAAAAUAGUAAAAAGUGCUGCAGAAACAGUUGCUACUAUCCGUGAGUUUAAUUGCUGCAAUCUGUUUCUCGUGGGUCGAAGACCAGCAGGUGAAGUGGCCUAUGCUCUGAAAAGAAGUGAAUGCCCCGAACUAGGACCCGUCGGUGGUUUCUUGGCAUCACAAGAUUGCCCCGCAACAGCAUCGGUUUUGGUGAUGCAACAGUAUCACAAUGGGGUGCCAAUAGAAUUUAUCUCAGAAGUGGAAGAACAGUUAUCUGAUAGAGACCCAGAAUCUGCUUAACGGAUAUGUUGUAAUUUUGGUGUAGAACGCACUCACGGGGAUGGGACUACAGGCCAUCAUUGGAUUCAUAUGACUUCAAAAUUAGGGGCUGAUUGGUGCCCAUGAUAGUAUAGGAAUCAAAUCUCGUAACUCUUUGUAUCUCUUUCUUUUAUUUUUUUUUUAGUUUCCCAAAGUAUCCUCCCACUCACAGUCGAAGACUAAUCUUUUCGAGGCAGGAGAUCUCAUUAAGUGGGCAAAUCUC